UCUUCAACUUUCAACUUAAUUCACCACAUUUGUGAGAGGAUGGACGAGAUAAUAGGAGAAAAAAAGAUGAAGAUUCUUUGUUUGCAUGGAUUUAGAACUAGUGGAAAUUUCUUAAAAAAACAAUUAAGCAAAUGGGAUCCUUCUAUUUUUGCUCAUUUUGAAAUGGAAUUCCCAGAUGGAAUAUUUGCAGCAGGGGGGAAAUCAGAUAUUGAGGGCAUAUUUCCACCACCAUAUUUUGAGUGGUUCCAGUAUAAUGAGGAUUUUACAGAAUAUGAGAACUUAGAAGAAUGCAUUUCGUACUUGUGUGAGUAUAUAACAAGCAAAGGGCCUUUCGAUGGUCUUCUCGGAUUCUCCCAGGGAGCGACUUUAUCAGGCCUUUUACUAGGGUACAUGGAACAGGGGAAGAUUCUGAAAGAGCAUCCACCAAUGAAAUUAUUUGUAUCAAUAUCAGGGGCCAAAUUUAGGGACCCAAAUAUUUGUAACAUUGCAUACAAAGAUAUGAUGAAGGUUAAAUCAGUCCAUUUUAUUGGAGAGAAAGAUUGGCUCAAACUUCCUUCACAAGAGCUUACAACAGCUUUUGAAAAUCCUCUCAUCAUAAGGCAUCCUCAAGGACACACUGUGCCAAGACUAGAUGAAGAAGCUAUGGAGACAUUAAAAACUUGGACAAGGGAAAUUGACUUCUAUUCCAAUGAGAGUUGUGUUGGUGGAGGACCAAAUGAAGCCUGCAAACAUGUUAACAUUGAAAAUGGUGUGGAAGAAGGCAAAAAACUAGAGAUGCCUAAUGAAGUAGAGAUCCAAAAGGCUCAAGAAUAAUA